AUGAAUGCGAAAGUCACAUGCGAAAAGUGCAAGGAGUUGGUACCUGACGAGUACACGGUCUCUUGUGACGUGUGCCAUCAGCAUAGGAAACACCACGACUCAAUUGCGUGUCUGUCAUGCAUAGAAAACUAUGGCGAGAAGUUCAUCCAGAACGACAUUAGUUGGACAAACGAGUGGAUAUGCCCAACGUGCCUUGAAGACAAAGAGCCAGAAUGCCGCGGGGCGAAGCGCUACUGGCAAUCGGAGGACUACAAAUGUGUGAAGAAAGCGAAGAUGGACGCAGAGGCGCGCGCUGCUUUGGUCGAAACGACAAAGUACGACAUCCGAGAGACUUUGAUGCCGAAGGGACGCAAGAGCGACCUUUUCAAGAAACUCAUUGUCGACAUCUUCGCCACCUCGGCUCCGGUCAAGGAGUUCAUGAAAGAAGCUUUUCCACAACACGACCCUGACGUGUUCACCGAGGCCAUGAAGCACAUCAUCGCCGCGGACCACUUCAAGUGGGACGUCAAGACACUCUACCCCGACCCCAACCAGGAGUAG